AUGUAUGAUAACAUAAAUAAAGAUUACUUAGGAAAUGGAAUUUUAAAAAGUGAUCCAUUAAAUAUAAAAAAGGAUGAAUCAAUAAAUUUUUCGGCACUAAAAAGUGAUAUCAAAAAUAAUAAAAAUGAAAUGUAUAAUUUUAAUCCAAUAAAAAUUGAGCCUUUUGGCAAACCACCAGUUGGUUAUAUUCCUGGAAAAGGAAGAGGAGUAACAGGUUUUUCAGGAGGGGUUAGUAGAGAUGACACAACAGAUGAUAAAGAUAAAAAUGAUUAUUCUGAUUUUAAUUAUGAUGAAUUUCACGGUUAUUCCGAAUCUUUAUUUAAAGAUACAGAAUAUGAUGAAGAAGAUAAAGAAGCAGAUGAAAUUUAUGAAAAUAUAGAUGCGCGUAUGGAUAUAAGAAGAAAGAGUAGAAGAGAAAAUAAGUUAAAAGAAGAAAUUUCAAAAAUGAGAGCUCAAAAGCCAACUAUUCAAGAGCAAUUUAGUGACUUAAAAAAAAAUUUGGCAAAUGUAACUCUUGAAGAAUGGGAAUCCAUACCAAGCGUUUUUCAAUAUUCCUCAAAACAAAAACAAAAAAAGGCACCAAAAAAUUAUUUACCACCACCAGAUUCUUUAAUAAUAAGUCGAAUUAACGAAUCUAAUGCUCAUUUAAAUUAUAAUAAUUCUUCUAGUGGAUUAAAAACACCUCUUGGCUUAGGAUAUAAAACACCUUUAGGAUUACAAACGCCAUUAGGAUUACGUACUCCAUUAGGAGCUCAGACUCCGAUAGGAUUAGGGUUCCAAACUCCUUUUAUGAAAAGUUCUGCAACGUUAGGAUAUGAAACCCCCUUAUAUAAUAGGAACCCUUUAAAAAACAAUAUGGUUUAUAGUGGCUUAAAUACUCCUUUUACUUUAUCUGGUUAUAACACUCCAUUAAAUGCAUCAAAUAUUAGUGGUUAUAAUACUCCACUACUGAAUAAUGUGAAUAAAUUAUCAUUAAAUGAUUUGGGAGAAGCUAGGGGAACAGUAUUGUCAGUUAAACUAGAUGAGCUUAUUGAUAAUGUAGAAGGGCAAACAGUCAUAGAUCCUAAAGGUUAUUUAACAAAUUUAAAUGCUAAGAGUUUAAUAAAUGAUGCAGAUGUAGCUGAUAUUAAUAAAGCUAGAUCAUUAUUAAAAUCAGUUAUUAGCACAAAUCCUAAACAUGGACCAGGAUGGAUUGCAGCAGCUCGUGUUGAAGAGUUGUCUCAAAGAAAAGAUAAAGCAAAAGAAAUAAUUAUGAAAGGAUGUAUUGAAUGCUCUAAAAAUGAAGAUGUGUGGUUAGAAGCAGUGAGGUUAGAGGAUAAAGUCAGUGAAGCAAAGAUCAUUUUGGCGAAAGCUAUUAAACAUAUACCAACAUCAGUAAAGUUGUGGCUAGAAGCAUGCAAAAAAGAAAAAAACACCGAUGAUAAAAGAAAGGUUUUACGAAAAGCAAUAGAAUGUAUACCUAAUUCGGUACGUUUAUGGAAAGAAGCUAUAUCCUUAGAAAAUGAAAACAAUGCAUAUAUUUUGCUAAAAAGAGCAGUAGAAUGUAUUCCUCAAUGUAUUGAAAUGUGGAUUGCUUUAGCUAGACUAUGUAAUUAUAAUGAAGCUCAAAAGGUUUUAAAUGAAGCAAGAAAGAAAAUUCCCACUAGCGCAGAAAUAUGGAUUAAUGCAUCUAAGUUAGAAGAAAAACAAGGUAAUAUUAAUAUGGUAGACACCAUUAUUAAAAGAUGUAUUGAAAAUUUGUCUUCCAAAAAUGUCAUUUUUGAAAGAGAUAAAUGGAUAAAAUUUGCUGAAGAAUGUGAAAAAUCAAAUUUUCCUCAUACAUGUGAAAGCAUUAUAAGGAACACAAUGAAUAUAGGUGUGGAAACGUUAAAUAAAAAAAGUAUAUAUAAACAAGAUGCUCAAAAUUGUAUUAAUAAUAAAUCAUUUCAUACUGCUAGGGUCUUAUAUAAUGAAGCAUUAAAAAUAUUUAAAACAAAAAAAUCUUUAUGGCUAGCCCUAGCUAAUCUCGAAUUGAAAUAUGGAAAAAAGGAAAGUGUGGAUGAAGUUCUACAGAGGGCUGUGCACAAUUGCCCUCACUCAAGUGUUUUAUGGCUAAUGCUAGCAAAACAAAAAUGGUUAAAUAAUGAGAUAGAUAAAGCGAGAGAAAUUUUAGCUGAAUCAUUUAUACAUAAUCAAAACACAGAGGUUAUAUCAUUAGCUGCAAUUAAAUUAGAAAGAGAAAAUAAUGAAUUUGAUAGAGCAAGAUUUUUAUUAAAAAAAUCUAGAGUUCAGUGUAAUACACCCAAAAUUUGGAUGCAAUCUGUUCAAUUAGAGAGAUUAUUAAGAAAUUACAAGGAAGCAAAGUAUCUUGUAUAUGAAGCAUUAAAAAUUCACAAGUAUUUCGAUAAAUUAUAUAUGAUUGCAGGACAAAUUGAAUUGGAAUUUGAUAAAUUUAAUAAAGAAAAUAGUGUGGAAGAUGAAAAUAAAUUUGUGAAUAGUGUUAAUAAUAGUAAUAAUAAUACAAAUGAAGAAAUUGAUAUAAACAAAUAUUUAGAUAAAAAAAUAGACCAAGACACAUAUAAUGAAAAUUCUUAUUUAAAUGCUCAAAAAAUUUAUGAACAGGGAUUGAAAUAUUGUGCAUCAUCAAUUAAUUUAUGGAUUUGUGCUAUUGAUUUACAAAUUGAAAAAAAGAAUUAUACUUCUGCUAGAGCUUUAGUUGAAAAAGCAAAAAUUAAAAUAAAAUAUUUGCAUUCUUUAAGUAAUAAUAAUCAUGUUUUGAAAAACAAAGAAAUAAUUGAAACUAGUGAUUUAACUUUUGAAGAAGAAUUAAGUAAAAAUUUGGAUGAUAUAAAAAAUCCUAAUUCCACUAAUAAUAUAUCAAAUAAUAAAACCGAUUUAGAAAAAAAUACAACAAGAAGUGCAUAUGUUAAGGUUAUUGAAAAUUAUGAUUUAUUGUGGUUAAAAUUAAUUGAAAUAGAAUUAUGUUGUAAUAAUAAAAAUAUGAACCCAAUUAUAUCUGAAGCAUUAAAAGAAUGCCCUUCUUCAGGCAUAUUAUGGGCAAAAGCUAUAGAAUUAGAAAAUAAAAAUUUACAAAAUAGUAAAUCUGUUAGUGCCUUUAAUAAUUGUGGAAAUAAUGCUUAUGUUGUUUUGACAGUAGCUAAAUUAUUUUGGUUUAACUUUAAAAUUCAUAAAGCUAGGAAAUGGUUUUAUAGAGUUAUUACUUUAAAUCCAUAUUUUGGAGAUGGAUGGGCUACCUUUUUGGCUUUUGAAAUUGAUCAACAAAAUGAAAUUAAUCAAAAAGAUAUAAUAAAUAAAUGCAUAAAAGCAGAACCAAAUAGAGGUUAUAUGUGGAAUAAAAUUACAAAAAGAGUUGAGAACUGGAGAUUAAAAUAUCCUCAAAAGUUAUAUAAAUAUAUCAAGGAAUUAUUUCCAGAUGUUCUAAAAAAAAAAAUUUCGGAAAAUAUAUGGGAAAUUAUUACUGAUGAAAAUGUAAAUAGCCAAAUAGGUACAAAUUUGGGAAUGAAACAAAGAGAAAGUGAAGGAAAAGAAAUAAAAAAUAGUGAUAGUGAUGAAAAAUAUUUCAAAGUAUAUAUCAAAGAUAAAGAAAAAGAAAAGGAAAAAAUAGAUAUAAAAGACGAAGAUAAAGAAAAAGAAAAGGAAAAAAUAGAUAUAAAAGACGAAGAUAAAGAAAAAGAAAAGGAAAAAAUAGAUACAAAAGACGAAGAUAAAGAAAAAGAAAAGGAAAAAAUAUAUACAAAAGACGAAGAUAAAGAAAAAGAAAAGGAAAAAAUAUAUACAAAAGACGAAGAUAAAGAAAAAGAAAAGGAAAAAAUAGAUAUAAAAGACGAAGAUAAAGAAAAAAUAGACAUAAAAGAUAAAAAUAAAAAGAAAAUAUAUACAAAAGAUAAAGAUAAAAAAGAAGUGGAUGAAAAAGAUAAGAACUAUAUAUUAAAAAAAGGAGAAAAAGAUUUAAAAGAACAAGAAAAUAAAUAUAAGCGUAAUGAAAAAAAUAACAACAAAAGAAAGGAGAAAAGUUACACAUCGGAAUUUAAUCAAUCAGACAAAAGAAAAAAAAAAUAA